AUGAGCUACUUAUAUUUAUUUAAAUACAUAAUAAUUGGAGAUUCUAGUGUUGGAAAAUCAGCUAUACUUUUAUAAUUUAUGGAAAAUAAAUUUAAAAAAGAGCACGAUACAACAAUUGGUGUUGAAUUUGGUUCAAAAAUAAUUAAUAUAAAAAAUAAAAAUAUAAAACUAUAAGUAUGGGAUACAGCAGGAUAAGAAUCCUUUAAAUCAAUUACUCGUUCAUAUUACAGAGGUUCUAUAUGUGCGUUUUUAGUUUAUGAUAUCACUAAUAGAUAAAGUUUUUAAAAUGUUGCUAAUUGGUUAGAUGAAAUAAAUAACUAUUCAAAUGAGAAAAUAACUAUUAUACUUAUUGGUAAUAAAAGUGAUCUUGGCAAUAAUAGAUAAGUUUAAUUUUAAGAAGGAUAGUAAUUUGCUGAUUCUUUUAACAUUUAGUUUAUUGAAACUUCAGCAAAAUAAGGUGAAAAUAUAGAAUUAGUAUUUAAAAAAAGUACUGAAUUGGUUUUAAAUAAAAUUGAAAAAGGUGAAAUUAAUCCAUCUAAUGAAUCAAAUGGUGUUAAAGUAGGACCUUAAUAAAUAGAUGAAAAAGUUAAUUAGUAAGCUGAAUCAAAAUGUUGCUGA